GUUUGGUACGUGGUACGUGUACACACCGGGUUUCAUUCUGAAUAGCAUUCGAACGUAAAAUUUUCCCAAAAAAAAGUGAUACUUUCGGUAUAUAUGAUGAAAGUCGAGUGUACUGACUGAUGAAAAAAUCCAAUUAAAUCAAAUCGGUCUGUUAUUUACACGGAAGAACUUGGUAUACAAUGAGGUCGUAGUCUAUCCUCACUUCGGUUUAUGCGCUCUGUGCUUCUAUAUUAUCAUUAUCCCAAAGUGUUAUAGCACACAGUGAGUGUACGUAUACCUUAUGUAGAGAUACAUAAUAUAUACAAGAAGUGAUGUGUACAUAUUAUUUCUAAUAAAUUAAAUUUGUUAGUUCUUAUUAAAUUAAUAAACUUAAUAAGUGCUAAGGGUUUCUACAAGUUGAAGCUGGACAAUGUGCACAUGGAAAUUUAACAUCAUAGUAAAAUGGUUAUUUUGUAAUUAAUUAUAUUUUGUAAAUGAAAUUGUGUGAUAUAAAACAACUGAAUGAAAAACAAAUAUACGAAAUGGAAUUUAUAGUGAUACAAUUUUAAUAAAUUAAAGUUUAAUCGUGCAUUCAUACAACGACAAACUGUCGGCGAUAUCAAUACGGAAUUUUUCGGCAAAUAUGCUGAAUAAUCUGACUUCUGGGAGUAUUGGAGGUCAAAAAGACUGUGAUUUACCCAAAUCGGCAUUAACAUCAAUACAUGCAACCGGUUCAUUCGGUCAAGUGCCAAACUCCACAAAUUCAGAAUCGAAUGGUGGAGGACGGUUGCAUGUUUCCAGUGGACUGUGUGAACCACAUAAUAUCCACCAAGAUCAGAACUCGGAAAAGUCUGGAAAACAGAAACGACAUCGAACCAGAUUUACGCCAGCUCAAUUAAAUGAAUUGGAACGAUGUUUUUCGAAAACACACUAUCCGGAUAUAUUCAUGAGAGAAGAAAUAGCCAUGAGAAUUGGUUUAACAGAAUCUCGAGUUCAGGUUUGGUUUCAAAAUCGUCGAGCGAAAUGGAAAAAGCGAAAGAAGACCACGAAUGUUUUCCGAACCCCAGGUGAUUUUUGUGCCCUUUUGCCAUCGCAUGGUUUGCCGCCGUUUGGUGCUAACAUCACAAAUAUUGCAAUGGGCGAAGGAUUAUGCGGCAGUUCAAUGUUUGGAGGUGAUAGAUGGAGCGUUGGAGUGAACCCGAUGACGGCAGGUUUUGGUCAACUAAAUCAAUCAUCUUCACUAUCCUCCUCACUAAAUAGCGGUUUAAAUUCAGGAAUUAAUAUAUCUUCUAUGAGUGCUGGAAGCUAUCAACAUUAUGGACUGAAUGCUUUGGGCGACUCAAUGAUGUAUCAACAUUCCGUUAGUGGUGUAGGUUGCUCUGGAAAUUCACCGACCACAUCAACACCACCAAACAUAAAUACUUGUUCAUCAACAACGCCGCCCCUAUCCAGCAACCAGCAGAAUCCUAGUCAAAAUGAAGGAAGCAAUGAGCAAAUGGGUAACCAAGGUUCAAACCACCAUGUCUCCAAUUGCCAGUCUAUUUCGUCGAAUAAUGCCGAUGGCGACGACGAUGUAUGGCGUGGACACAGCAUAGCCGCAUUAAGACGUCGUGCGUCUGAGCUAAACAGUUCGAUUCCAUCGUAUCUACAUCACAAUUAUGAGCAUCACAAUUCGGUUUAUUGAAAGCUGAAAUUUUGUAGAGAAAUUGAAAAGCUUGAGAUGAUGUAGAGAAACAAGUUUUUAGACAGAAUGAGAGUAAGGAAAAACUGCAAUUCGGAGAUGUUGCAUGAUGAAUAGUGGUUUUAAUGUUAAUUUUUAUCUUACAUUUCGUUUCUAUUUUGUAAACAAAAAAGAAAAUGAGGGUUGUGCCGGUGAAUUAGAAAUAAUAAAUGUACUUUGGAGUAUACUUUUCAAUUGAACGUCAUUUGUGUAUUUUGUGAAACAAAUUGAAUUAAAAAUAAUAAAAAAAUGCCGAGAUUCAGUGCAAUCAGUGUAUACGAGUUUUGUAACGUAGUUGUAUUUACCAGAACAAGUUGUAAAGACAUGGCAUACCAUAAUAAAUACUUGCAGCCGAGUAUUCAAUAAAAAAAAUUUAUAAAUUUCUCAAUUCAACGCAUUAAAACGGCGGUGUACUGUAAGUGUACCCCAAAAUAAGAUAAAAUAAAAAAAAUAAUGAAUCUAAUUGUACAGACUUAAUCUCAAGUAUACGAACAUAUUAUUAUAAAUAAUUUUACAAUUUCAAAUUAUACUGACCAGUUGCUUAAAUGUGUUUUUAACCAACAUGUAACGGAGAAGAACCAGAUAAAGCAGUAAAUAAUAUUUUAGUCUAAGAAAUUUAGAAGCAAAAAAACCUUUAGAAUGAUUGAACAUGGAAUUUUAUUUUUAUAAAUAUAAUCAGGAAGAAGUUUAUUAAUUAUCUACAUAAUUGUAACUGGAAAAUUCAAAUUGAAUUUUUUUUGGACGAUUUCGUUAUCCGACUUUACUAAUGGAACGCCGUUUCUUGUUUCACCAGCGAGCUUUUUAACUAAAAUCUUCGUGUAGGUGGAUUUAAGCUGUGAAGUAUAUAAAUAGGUGUCGGCAGAUCACAUAGGAAUUUUUUCCGACAAAGGAUUUUCCGAUGGGGUACUCACAUCUCAGUUAAGUGAUCCAGUAAAUAACAGCCGAUAUUUUUUACAUAAUUCAAAGUUUUCUUUUGUUAUACGGUCAAAUGUGACAGAAAACGAAAGAAACAUUUUAAUACGAUCUCCUUCGCUCGCUAGGUUUAGCUAGCUUAAGUAUCCGGGUCGUAACACAUAACAUAAAAUUCAUUAAUUACCACGGAUUAUCCCGAAUCACAGCCAAUCCAGUUAAGAAAACCUAUGAUUUACUAAUGCUUUUCUGAUGUCCUUGGGAUUUUCUAUGUUCAUCCGCCCCUCGAUAAUGUAUGUACUCAGUACAUCUUGCACUUCUAUUGUAGAAAGCAUCAUUAGUUCUUUUAUACGAAAUCUUGUACUUCGUUUGUUUUAACAUUAAUUUUAUUAUUAGCACCACAUUUGCUAUAGAGCAUCGUUUAUUUCUUUCACUGUUGAUAACAGAUUGUCCGUUUCUAGAAGGUCAGGCAUACAAAUUAUUUCAUCUAUUGAUUCAUUAAAGAGGGUCUAUGGUGAACUAGGACAAACGAUUUUAAAUUUAAAUUUCUAUUUAGUCAUAAAAGUCGGAUCGGAUGAGUUGAUCGGAUUUUCCAUUGAAAUAUUAACAGAUUGACAUCUACAGCUUCACUUAAACAAAAAAUGGACAUCUCCUUAAAAAUAUGAUAGAUCGCUAAUGGCUCGAAUGACGGUGUUCGAAGUAAAAAAUCGACAACGAAAUACUUCUCCAAAAUGUUUUGUGUAAAAGGAAAGUUGAUGUUGAAGAAAUUAUUCUUUUUAAUUUUAAUUCUGCUUUUAUUGUACAUACUUUUCAAAUGAAAUUUACGAAUAAAUGUGGAAAAUAGAAAACUGUAAUAAAAUAUUUUAGUUCGAAUUGUGUUUUCUAAACAAAUUUUUAAUAUAUUCACGUAAAAAGCAAAAGCAAAGAAGAAAAUACCGAAAAAAAUUAGUAAAAUAUCCACACAAAUUAUACGUUUAAGAAAAACGAACAGCAAAAAUUUAAAACCAUAAAAUCAUCUACGAAAAAUACUCACUUUCCACAAUAAAUUCUCAAAAUCACCGAAAUCAGCGUUAAAAAUAAAAAAAAAUAAAAAAGCAAAAUUUAAUUUAAUUUUAUGUAUAAAUGGAAUUUGGUUAAAUUAGAUUUAAAAAUGUUUUAAAAUUAAAAUGAAAUUUUGUGAAAAAAAUAGAUGUUAGAGAAUUCAUAUUAAGCUAAAUAAAGGUGUAGAUAGACAUUAAAUAUAUGACAGGAUUACGUUCAAAAAAAAAAUUAUAUUUAAAAACACAUUGAAAGUGUAUGGAAAACAACGUGAAAAAUAAAUG